GAAGAUUGCCGGCAGUUCGUCAGUCGCGCUUUAGCAGCCUUGCGCGAUGUAUCAUGGAAUUAAUAGGGGUAGGAAAGUUAAUGUUGGUGGUAAUGUGCUCGAUGUGACAAAGGCGACGUGUUUUAAGGUAUGAUAAGGCACGUGGUAAUGCAUCGUUUAACGUUGUCUUAAAAAAGGCAGGAAAGAAAAAAGAAAAUAAAGGAAUUCUCGUCGUAAUCACUUUGCAACGUUUAUUUGUCCUUCGUUCUUUGUCAGUGUGGUGUUUUCUGUGUGUUAUAUUUCGAAGAAACGAGAUGUCUCGGACGCGUGGAAAAAUUGAAAGAGGUUUACGGCCAAGGUAGCGCCGGCCUCGCGCGAUCGGCCAGCCGAAGGGAACAAUUUCUUCGAUGGUUCGUCGACGAUCUUCGAAUGAAGAUGAUUAUUCGAGGAAAGAUAUUAGAAAAUACGACGACGCGAAUACCACCGGCGUGCCUUCUUCCCUUCUUCGAUUACUUCGUGCUGAAACGUCAAUGAUAUUCGUCUGGCGAAUUCUACCCCCUUCGUGAUACAAGAGUAACGUGAUUUACGCAUUAAGAAGAAAACAAAAGGAGACUAACUUAAAACCUAUAAAAGAAGAGAAUAAUCUUACUGUCUACUUUCUUAUCGAGUCUUCAAAUUGCAAUUUCGUGAAAGGUGUUUCGUGUUUCUUGUGGAACGACAAAGAAUGGACGAGAAAGUCGUCGGUAGAAGGAAUCGUCGUGCCGCUCGUUAUGUUCUUGGUGGUGCGCGACGGCGUGCUCGUCGACGAAAUCAUCGACGAAGUCAUCGACGAAGAGGCUCCUCGGAGCUUGAAUUACUCGAGAACAAGCUGUCCUCUUCUUUCUCAACCUCAGUAUCUCGCCUUAUACUCUUCUUCGCUGGUUCUUCGAGGAAACGCCGAAGGAAGGAGGACGAAGAAUUAUACUCAUCGUUAUCCUUGAAGUUCGUCGGCCAUUUAGGAGCCCUUCUAUGAGGAGGGUCCGUGUAUUUGAAUGGAAACCGAAGUGAGUGAAAAGAGAAGACGAUAUGCCUGGCAUCGUGGUAUUCCGACGACGCUGGAGCGUCGGCAGCGACGAUCUCGUUGUACCUGGUGCCUUCCUCUUCAUUUUGCAUCUCAUAUGUUUCGCAUGGCCCUAAGCAAGAAUCCCUAAGUCUGAAUCCACGUGUUAUUCUUACUCCAUUGUGAUAUCGAAAGGUGACAGUACUUGGAGUCCUAUUGGGAAUCCUUCAAUGGGAUCGCAGUGUUAUGUGUAUAUUUCUUCUAUGGGAAUACAUAUUAGGCUAUCUCGUGCUUUUCAUAGUCUCCAUGGUGGUAGAGUUCUCAAUCUGUUUUCUUGCAACGAGAGGCAGUAUUCUGGACACUGCGGUGAGGGCACCGAUGCAAUACAUACUUUAUAUUCGCUUAUUCCUCUUAUUGGUAGAAGCAGGAUGGUUGUGUGCAGGAAUAACUUGGUUAACACGGUUCUAUCAAACUUGUCCUGUGGACCAAGCUAAGGAUGUGAUGCUGGGUUUGGUGAUAUCGAAUUGGUGUGUGUUGGCGUCGGUGAUGGUGACGGUAUGGUGUACGUACGACGCCGCUGGCAGAUCCUGGGUGAAAAUGAAGAAAUAUCAACGUAGCAUGAGGGAGGCGGAAUCGAGGAGCGGUAGAUUACACUAUAAACGCAGCGGCAGCAGAAACCGAAAUUGGCGACAACGAAAAGUUAUACGUGCCUAUCAAGAUAGCUGGGACAACAGAUGCAGAUUGUUGUUUUGUUGUAUGGGAAAUUCCGAUCGAAGUAGAAACUCUUUCGCUGACAUUGCCAGACUGUUGAGCGACUUUUUCCGUGACCUUGACGUGGUACCAUCAGACGUUGUAGCCGGGCUGGUGCUUCUACGAAAGUUUCAAAAAGUUGAAAGAGAACUGAUAGUAAAGCAAAAGAAAAACGACACGUAUGAGUUCCUCUCAGGCGUACCAGUAACGCCUCGUACUAAGUUUCUCUCCUUGACCGAGGACGGCGAUCUGGGCCAUUUUCAAUUGGCCAUUCAUUAUAUGCACUUCGCUCUCGCUGCCUACGGUUGGCCUAUGUUCCUCAUUAAUCAUUCUACGGGACUCUGCCAGUUGUGCACGAGGCUAAGAUGUGCUUGCUUUCCAUGUGGCAAUCAGGAGGACGAAGCUACGAUAGUGGAAGAUAACUGUUGCCAAUGCAAUUAUACGGCUCUAAGGAAAAUGGUCAAAGUUGGCGAAGUCGAAGUUGUUUAUGCGACCUUUCAUGUGGACGUCGGAGAGACACCAUUUUUCGUAGCGCUCGAUUACACGAAAAAAAAGGUUGUCAUUAGUAUACGAGGGACGCUCAGUAUGAAAGACGUUUUAACAGAUUUAAAUGCGGAAGGUGAAGUAUUACCAUUAACCCCGCCGAAAGACGAUUGGCUAGGUCAUAAGGGUAUGGUUCAAGCCGCAGAAUACAUACGCAAAAAGCUUCAAGAAGAGAACAUUAUCGCGCGAGCGCUAUCAAAGGAUCCUUCGAGAGGAACCGAUCAAUUUGGAUUGACAUUGGUUGGUCAUUCUCUUGGUGCAGGCACCGCCGCAAUACUUGCAAUUUUACUUAGGCAAGAAUAUCCGGAUUUGAUAUGUUUUUCUUUCGCACCACCCGGUGGAUUGCUCAGUAUGCCAGCUCAACAAUAUUCUCAAGAAUUUACGACGUCCGUAGUUGUAGGGAAAGACGUUGUACCUAGACUAGGAUUACGACAGAUGGAAAGUUUAAGGGCCGACCUUAUUAAUGCGAUAAAAAGGAGCGUCGAUCCCAAGUGGAAAACGAUAGCUUGUUCGGUAAUGUGUUGCGGAUGUGGUUCGACACCCACGUCGGCGGCUAAUAUGGAGGCUGGUGGAUGUAUCAGCGAGUAUCAGAGAGAUAAGGAUCUGGCACGAUCUCAAGCGAUCAUACCUAUGGAUUCGAGUAUCGCAUUGACCUUGCAUAGGCCGCUCUAUCCACCUGGUAGAAUUAUUCACGUGGUUCGACAUCAUCCUAAUAAGGGCGAGAAAAAGUAUGAAUCACGGUGGAGACAGGUGUUGUCUAAACGCGAACCAGUCUACCAGGCAUUAUGGGCAGGACCAUGCGACUUCGAUGAGGUGUUAAUAAGUCCAGUGAUGAUACAGGACCACAUGCCGGAUAGCAUGCUGAAGGCCUUGAAUAAGGUUGUAACAACCCUGGGACCAGCGAAGCCACAGCGUUUGGCAUCUGGACAUGCUUCGUCCGCUGAACCAUCGGAAGUUCGAGAAGUUAUGGAGGUCCAGGAGCUAGAGAUCGAGCAAGAAAUGAGGGCUCUUCUCUCACCUUCUACUCCGGUCAAGAGCCAGAGCAAUAAUCUAGCAGGGACACCACCUCACAAGCUUUGCCUCGAGACGAGCUUUACAUCAUUGCAGAGUCCGACGGAAUUCCCGCAGGCUGGUCGAGAACUCAGCGUUGACUCCAGAGGAAUACCAUGGGAAUACGUUAGCUUGGCCAGCGACUUGCUCAACACACCACGACCAGAUGACAGUAAAUUAUUAAAUCGUCGUGGAGAUUGGGAAGAUGUCUCUCGUACUGCACCCCUUGCCACCCCCGAAACAUUGUCAGAGACAUCGAGUAAUCCACCCUCGCCAAUACCACCGCCAAGACCAAUGAGACGCACACCAAAGAUUCCGGGAAACUUGUCAACGGCGGCGGACGACCUCAAAAACAAUCUCCACUUUGCUAUGCUCUCGGCGAAGAAUUACUUUCUGAGGGAGGAGAAUAUUGGAAGUAAUAGCAGUAGUGGUAAUAGCGAGGCAAGCUACGAAAGUGCCAAGAGUUUGACAGCUGAUCUUCCGCCGCCUGUACCAAGAAGAAGGGAUUCGAUUAUCGUUAGAAGAGAACAAAGGGUAUGCAUGGCUGCAUGUUGUAGAGACGAUCUAUCGGAAAAUUCGUCCACUCAUGCGUCCUCUCAUUCCUCCAGAAUUUCACGUACGUCUCAUCAUGUACAAGUAGAUUUUCCUGAAGGAGAUAACGAGACGAACGGAUCUAGUUUAGAUUUCUUCGAGGCUAAGGGCUCGUCAGGUCAACGUGAUAGCAGUAACGACGUGUUCCUUAGCGUUCGAAGUUCUCCAGAAUGUAAAGGAUUAAUGGCACCUGCCACUGAUCUUGGUGCCGAAUGGAAAAGAAGAUUCGAUGCUACUGGUUUAAGCAGUGAUGCAUCUUUGCCUCUUCUUCGUGGUCUUUCGCCUACACCAACUACCGCACAACACAGUUCUUCGCCAUUCUUUAAUGCUAAACGAAAGAAAUAUGUUUAUCCUAUUACGUUGAUGGGUCGAGGCGAAAGCAGCGUCUAGCAAAACGAAAAAGAAAAAAAAAAGGAUGAUCUACAAUUUUUACGAUAACUUUUCUAGCCUAAUCGAAUAAAGAAAGGUAAUUUUUCGAAAAAGGUCUGUUUAACAACUGUUCAAAAUGAAGAUUAAGCAAAACUUGUGCCAAUAUGAUCGAUCGCUUGAAAUUUCUCUACAAAUAUACGCUCUGUGAACGAUUAGAUUUUUAAAACAAAGACAAAUCGAUUAGAGUAUACGCUUAAAGGAUAAUAUUGAUUUAUCGACUAAUGAUUGAAUGACAAAUAUUAAUAAACAGUGUUAGGCAAUAUAUCUUUAAUUGAAUUAAUGAUUUCAAUUAAACUAUUUAAUUGUCAUAUUCAAUGAUAUAUGAGAUGAAAGUAUCUAUGGAGUAGUUCGUCAAUGAUUCAAUAUAUCUACGAAAAAGUUUAGUCAAUGUACGAGUCUACGAAAUAGUUCGUCGAUAUGUGAAUUUUAAUCAUACGAUUCACAUCGAUGUAUAAGUAAACAUUUAAUUAUUAAUUGUAAUUGAUAAUUAAAUAUUUCAAUUGUGAAUCGUUAAUGGUUAAUCGAAUUAAAUAUUGACCAACACUGUAUUAAUAAAUCUUAAGAAGCGACGAUGUGAUUAACACGAACAGUUUUGCGUUUAACUAUUUUUUUCUUUUUUUUUUUUUUUUUCUUCUUUUUUUUUUCACAUAGAUUUUAUCCUUUUCAUAAAGUUACAGAUGUAACAUGAAAGAAAAGGAGACUUUUUAAAUAAAAGUCGAUACGUUUAAUUAUCAUUUAUUACUUCGAAAAAUUUAAUUUCUUUUCGAGAAUGCAUUAUAAAUCAUUUAUAGAUUAUAACUAUGGUGAGAAUGUUCUAUUGAACGAGAUAAUAAAACGGAUGUAAUAUGUUCGAUAAAAACAAUAUUUAAGAUUCGUACAAAGUGAAACAUCUUGAGGUUCGUGGUUAGAAAGUAAGAAAUUUGUUUCGUAAGUCAAACGUACGCGCUAUGCGUACGAUGACACUGGCCUAUCGAAUAUCGAUAUUUCUUGUUAGAAAAUUAGGAGCAAAUUCAUUUUGAUACAUUUUUAAUAACAAUACCUUUUUGAACUAGCAGAGAAUUAUUGCAUUUAUAUGUCUUUACGUGAAUUAUCAUAUAGAUCAAACGAUUUCUUAUGUUUCAAUUAUAUAUUCCUAUUUUCUUCUAGGUUAGAAGAAUAACAAAAAAAGAAAAACUUAUUCAUCUAUUAAUGAUUUUUCAUACUUAACAUGUUUAUAAGAUCAAAAAUAGGAAAAAGAAAUUAAUAUGCUAUGAUAUUAAAAAUGAAUACACUCGAUGACACACAAGGUAGAUGACGCAUUAUCAAAGGUUAUAAAGUCUCUCAUGGCAAUGUUUUUAAUAAUAAAAAUUUAAACAUUGUACUUGUGUACAAAGUAGAUGAAACGCGUAUAACGCAUAUAAUUCUAGUCAAUAUGGGAUAUAUUUAGAAAUGUAAUAUUUAUGGACUUAAUAAAAGUCAUACAUAUAGAAUAUCUGUAGAAAGAUGCUGUGCAAAGUUGAUUUUGAUGUAUAAUGAAAUAUAAUAAUUUAUAAGAAAUAAAAGAAUGAAGAGAGAUAUCAA